AGCGGCAACAGCAGCCAGAGCCCAAGGAAAGAGACAGAGGAAGACAAGGAAGAGCACAGGACUUUGCUUGUCUCAUUUCUCUUCUCCCUUGCAGAGAAAGCUGUGCUGGGGGCAGGAGGCUGCAGCCCAUGCUGUGACUGCAAACUCUCCAGGCUCGUGUGGGCACCUGCCCCUGUGCACCUUGCCAGGAUGAUGGGCUGCAAGUCCAACUCGCUCACUUGCUUGCAAGGAGGGAAGCCGGGUCUGCCUAUAGUGGCUGCCACCACCGACUCCACGGCCACACUCAACAAGCUGGCGCUGGCCACGGGAGGCACGGAAAAAUCCUGGUACCGCUGCGUCUUCCCCUUUGGCAUCGUCUCCCUGGUGAUUGGCAUUGCUGCCACGUGCAUCACCUUCACCAUCAAUGGGCGGCAGAUGGACAUUGCCAAGGUGGUCUCGGUGGCCACCCUGAUCUUUGGGGUGGGCCUGCUGGUGGGCGCCUUGGUCUGCUGGCGGGCCAAGAGACAGCGACAGCGCAAGAAACAGCAAGAGGAGCCUUCUUCCUUGGAACAGGGGGCUUUGUGAUACAGGCACCAAACCCAAACCCCGGCAGGUAGACGCAUGGCUGGCAAGAACCCCACCUUUUUCUUGUACUCCAUGGCAGAAUGAGGGGAGCCAGGAAGGGGGCUUUGGCAGCACCCUCCAAUGUUUUGGGAAGAGAGAAAAAGGACAGUGGAACCUAGCAGUGUGGGGGCAACUUUUGUCCUGUUUUUACUGAAUGUGUUGAGCGAUGUUUUGAACAGUGAGGGGAAUCGGCCCGCUCCAGGAAGGAUGGUGAAAAGCAGGAGGCAAGUGGCAGGGCUGGCUGGCUGUGCGUCAGGCUGUUCCCCUACAAAAGUCGCGCUGACCUUGGGUUUGCAAGCUGCUUUGCCACAAAGAACUUCUUGUUUACAAAGAGCCCCGGGAAAAACUCCUUUCAAAAAAAACACCAGCAGAAUGAGAGCAGGGAAGGCGUUUCCUUCCACAAGGAUGCUUUCUGCUUGUCUCCCAACACAGCUAUGCAUAUUGUUGACUGAUCACAGAAAGAGAUACCAUUUUUUAUUUUAUUUUUAGUGAUGAGGAUCAUGAAGCAGCAUUGCCUAGUGAAACAUGAGUGAAGCCAAAAGUUCACAAGUUUCUGCAGGACAAAAAACAGUGCGAUUCUGCCUUUUAUUUUGCAGGCUGAGAAGGAUGGUGGAGCCUGGGGUUCCAGUUGGUGGAAAGCCCAGGUCAAAGGUUUCUGUCAGGAUGCUUUUGGAAUAAACAAAUAUCAUCACUUCUUGCAAGUAAAAGUGAAGAAAUACCGUUUGAUGGAGAAGGUGCACAGUGGUAGCAAAAGAGCCCAAGACAAGUUCCAAGCUCUCACGAGACAUGGGACAGUUGAAACUGCAGCUAAAGCUUGCAAAGUGGUACAGCUUUCCUGUGGGGUUGGCAGAGCAACUGUUCAUUGGGAAGUACAGCCCAGAUUGUGAAAGAAGAGGCUGGCCUAAUCUGCCCUUCAGCGCAAAGUGCUGCAAACUAAGGAAGUUUCUAGUGCUGGUGGAGGUAUUAGAGCUUUGCCCACCUGACUAUAAAUUCAGCCAUGUGCCACCAACCCAUGCAGUCUGCAUUGUGCCUCUGGUUGGUUGCACAUUGGCAAUAUACUGACGCAGGAGUGCGCUGUGAGGUUGUCCACCACAGGCGGUUGUUCCACUAGUUUUCCAAAGCAAUGUAUCGGGCAUUCUUGAUAGAAUUAAUGUAACCUGUAGCUUGGCAGUUGCUGCAUCAGAGUUGUGGUUUCAGAGGAUGCAAAGGGCAGCUUGUCGUCACUGACAAGGCCCCAGUUAGGACAGAAUAGCAGCUGAGCUUGUAAGAGGCAUGAGAGAGAGAGAGAGAGAGUGAGUUAAUAAAUAUAUCAUGCAUUACAGAUGCCUACAUUAAAGGGUGGGGGGACAAAUCUCAAUGUCCUGGUUCGAUCUUUCAGUGUUUCUCCUUGGGAAGUACCGUAAUAGGAUCAGAACAAGGAAUGUGUGUAUUCCUGAUUUCCCUAAGCUUUCCCCCUUAACCUGUCUUCUUUGGCCUGUUUUUUCCCCUCCCAGCAGAGUGGCAUGCAAACCACAGCUGUGUACUACAGUAGCAAUUCAAAGGAGGUCUCCUUUCUCCUUCUUGCUGUUCAUUCUCAGCUGAGCUGAUAGCUAUGGCUGGAAGGGGGGGGGCGUGAAGUAGGGAACAGCUGCUCUUUUGGCUCCUCAGCACCUGGAGCUCAUCCACAUCCACACAUGCAGCUGGAAAGAAGUGAAACCAGACUCUCUGCAAGCCUAGGAGCCGGAAAAAGGCAGCGGCCAGGAUUGGUGUGGGGGUGGAUGAGGCUGGGAACGAAGGGUGUGCACACAUACAUCACGUUUCCUGGCUAACUCCUUCACAGUAUGUUGUUGGCUUAACCUUCCUCCCCCCGGGGUGUGUGUGCGCUGCUGUUAUGCCUGGCCCAAGUGUAACGUAUGUGGAAGUGCAAACUUGACUGAGCAGGAAGGGAGACAGACAAGAGGCAGCAGCGCUUUGGGGCCAUAUCCAACUCCUUGUUGGAGUUCUAAAACAGGGAUGGUCCACAUCUAUUCACUUUGUGGGGGGGACUGCCCAAUGCUCCAGACCUUCCUCUGGGGAGGGCAUAAGGAAGUUUGUUACAAACAUCUGAAUGGUUGAUAGGUAACUCAGCAGUAGAGCAUUUGCUUUGCAUGCAAAAGCUCCUGGGUAUCUUCAGGCAGGGCUGGGAAAGACUCCCUGCCUGAAACCCUGGAGAGCCUCUGCCAGUCAGUGUAGGCAAUAUUGAGCUAGAUGGCCCAAUGCGCUGACUCGGUUUAAUGCAGCUUCCUCUGUAGGCAUGCUUCAUAAUAAAGGUAUCAUUGUUCUCUUUUUGUUCUGCCUUUCUCAAAUGACGGCACGCAUAAUUUCUGUCUUUUAUCCUAAGGUAGGCUAGGUUGAGAGAUGGUGACUGGCCCAGAGUCAUUCAGUCCAUUGCCAGAAAUUUGAACUUGGAUCUCUCCGGAAUAAGCCUGACACUAGCUGCCAUUACACCACACAUUCUGCAUCUUGCAGAUCACAUACACCCCUGUUUUGCCCUUGUAUAUGUAAUAUCUGUGUAUUGGCAUUACUUUUAUUUCUUACAGCUUGCAAACAUUCUUCUUUUCUCCAUGAAUGCAACAGUGAGCAACCUCGAUUUGAUCUUGGUGGGGCUUCCAGGGGCCAAAUAAAAUUGCCUGAUGGUUGGCUGGGCUGAAUCUGCUCAAAGGCUCUAGUUGCCUACUUACCACCCCAUUCAAGGAUAAGGUCUCAAACCUGAGAAGAGGCAGGAACCUUUUUGUGUCAGAAACCAGAUCUGCUGACUGUACAUAUGGUACUGAGCUACAUGGAGGCUCAUUCUAGUCAUGGUAGGUGGAAGCAUUUUGACAUAGGAAGUGCUGGAAGAUUAUGCCAGAUCCUGCUCAGUGAAAGAAGUGAGGGAUAACUGUUGCUUCCUUGGAAUAUGGCAGAGCACAUGCCGUGCAUGAAGAAAGUCCCAAGUUCAUUCAGAAUACAAAUCAGAGUUAUUUCCGGACUAGUUUGCUGAGCAUACAUCCUGGUUUGCUUGCACAAAGGAAGUGGGAAGGUUUGAUGAUGUUUGGAAUUUAUUGAGCGGUUUCUAGAGUGUUUCCCCAUCACUUUCCUUAUUGCAAAAAAAAAGGAGUGAGAACAAGUCCAAUAUGCGGGAAGGGGUGGGAAUGUGUUGGACCACCCUGCCCCAGAAGUACCCCAGGGAGCAGGAGAAAGGAAAGGCACCACCUGGGCAGCUUUUGCUACUCAGACUAAAAAAUACCAUGCUAAAUGGACAAAUUGCCUGACUUCAUUUAAGGCAUUUUCCUCUGCACCAUAGUUCUCACUUUUAAUAUACGUGAUCCAUUCAUUUCAGAGAGAGACAGACCUCUCAAGCAUUUCCAUAACUUUAAAUGAAAACCAUGCCUGUAACAAAGCCAGGAUUUACAACCCCCCUCCCUUCUCCAGGAAAGAUCUUUUGUCAGUUUCUAAUGCUUUAUUCUGUAUGUAGUUCAAGAACUCAGAGCUGCUUUCUCUGCUUUUUGUUAGUCUCU